AUGGCCGAGGAAACAAGUUGCAAGCUGGACUGCUCGGCCUGGUCCAGCAAGGCACGCUCUCCGGGGUCAAAACAGGACUCUGAUGUCUCCCCCAUCGUGGCCGGCCUCAUCGGGGCCACCGUCUUGGUGGUCUCCGUCUCGAUGACGGUCUUCUUGUGGACCUGUUGCCACCAUCAGCUGGAGAGGAAGCAGAAGAGCCCGCCGUACAAGUUCAUCCACAUGCUGAAAGGCAUCAGCAUCUACCCGGAGACCCUGAGCAACAAGAAGAAAAUCCUGCGCGUCCGGAGGGACAAGAAGGGCGUGGCCAGGAAAGACGGGGACCUCCUGGCGGACGCGGCCGAAGCGGGCUUGGCGGGCUCCGGAACAGGGUUGGGCGCGGCGGCUUCUUCCGUCAACCAGCUCCCGGUCAAAGUAGAGUACGGAGAAGAACCGAGUCCUCAGCAGAGCUUGACGCCGGCGGGCAGCAAGGCGUCGUCGUUGUCUUCUCCGGAAGAAGACAUCGCGUUGGGGACUCUGACCUUCUCGGUGGAUUACAACUUCCCCAAGAAAGCCCUGGUGGUGACCAUCCAGGAAGCCCACGGAUUGCCGGUCAUGGAUGAGCAGAACCAAGGCUCGGACCCGUACAUCAAGAUGACCAUCCUGCCGGACAAGAGGCACCGGGUGAAGACACGGGUUCUCCGGAAGACCUUGGACCCGGUCUUCGACGAGACCUUCACCUUCUACGGCAUCCCUUACAGCCAGCUCCAGGAUUUGGUCCUCCACUUCCUGGUGCUCAGCUUCGACCGUUUUUCUCGGGACGACGUCAUCGGGGAGGUGAUGGUACCGCUGGCGGGGGUGGACCCCAGCACCGGGAAAGUCCAUCUGACCAGGGAGAUCAUCAAGAGGAACAUACAGAAAUGCAUCAGCAGAGGAGAGCUACAGGUGUCCUUGUCCUACCAGCCUGUCACUCAGAGGAUGACCGUCAUGGUUCUGAAGGCGAGGCAGCUGCCCAAGAUGGACAUCACUGGUCUUUCAGGUAAUCCUUACGUCAAGGUGAACGUCUACUACGGCCGGAAGCGGAUCGCGAAAAAGAAAACCCACGUGAAGAAGUGCACUUUGAACCCCGUCUUCAACGAGUCUUUCAUCUACGACAUCCCCGUUGAUCUCCUGCCGGACGUCAGCAUGGAAUUCCUGGUCAUCGACUUUGACCGGACCACCAAAAACGAAGUGGUCGGGCGGCUGAUCCUGGGGGCGCAUAGCGUCACGGCCGGAGGAGUGGAACACUGGCGGGAAGUGUGCGAAAACCCCCGGAAGCAGAUAGCAAAGUGGCACAGCUUGAGCGAAUAUUAGCAGGGUACACGAGGAAGGCGCGGGGCGGGGAAGGGGGGGGAAGUCGAUUCGCACCCGCGCCACCUUCAAGAGACGCUUUCCCCUCCCUUCUCCCCUCCCUGCCCCCCCCCCAAAAAAACGGCCCCUUCUAUUUUAGCCGUAGAACUGACCGUUUCCGUAAGAAGCAGCUGAACUGGUUCUCUGUUGUGACGUUGUUUACAGGGCUCGCACACACACACACACAAAACCGUACACAGGUUCUGCAAACUGUGGGAAAGGAAAAAAAAGAAAAAGAGUGCAUUAAUUUUAAGAAUACCUACAAAACCUAUAUUAAAAAAAAAAAAAAAGCAAGAGCGUAAUCGCACUACUAUUGCAUGCCGAGUACAGACGUCGAGAAAAAAAAAAAACGCACAAAAAAAAAUUUAGUAUAAACUUAAACCAAUAUCGAGGCACAGGUUUUUGUUUGGUUUUUUUUAAAUGCAAUUUAUCUGUCACUACGAGAAGUUGUGUUUUUGUGCUGAACAGUCUUUUGCAGGUAUUCACAACUGGUUCUAUUCAGCUUUUCUUCCAGACUUCCUUUUUUUAAGAAAAAAAAAAUUACAUACAUAUAUAUAUAUAUAUAUAUAUAUAUAUAUACUUGUGUCGAUUUGGUGGUUUAUUCGCUUGCCCUUAUCUCGGUUUAAGCCUCUUGCUGGUUUUUUUUCCUAUGAUUUGGGUGAAUUAACUUCGCUUGUACAUAACACGCAGUGGUUUUAGAGGCAUUUGUCUUAACAAACACAAUUUCCUUUUUGGAAGGGGAGCGUACAAUAAAUAAAUAAUAAGAAAUGCCUGAAUGGCAAGCGGCUGUUUAAAAAAAACAAAACCAUUUCCUGUUAAAAAAACAAAAGUGGGAUUAACUCAGCAACGGACAUAAUGAUGUUAUCAGCAAAUUUUUUUGGGGGGGGGGCUAGGAAAAAUUUCUGUGAGCUUUUUUCGCUGAAUAAACUUUCAAUUGAAGGAGGGGUUUUUUUUCUUCCUAAUUUUAAUUUUGCACUCAGAAGCAAAAGAUGCGCCUUUUUUUCUUCCCUUUCAGAAAAAAAGAAACGCCUGGAAUAGUUCUUAAGGAAAAGUGCUCAGGGUAUAAAUAGAGUUAGGGUUAUUUUUCAGGGGCGCGGAGCCUUGGUUUUUGGUUUCGCUUGGACCCCUUCUUGGCAUGCCAAAUCGACAAGGCCGAUGGGAGUUGUGAUGCAGAAGGACCCAUGGUUCCCACCCGUGUGUUUCCAGGCCUAUGGAAACGGUUCUAUUUCUCCGCAGGAGUAAUGGAAAAACCAAGGGUGAUUUCUUUCCUUUUUUUAAAGAAAAAUAAGAAUCAUAAAUCAAACUGCCACCAUCGCCAGAAAUACAUGGGAAUUCUUUUCGUGAAAGCUGCUUUACCAUAAAAUUUCCCCGAGAUGUGAAAUCUUUUUUUCCCCUCUCUCUCUCUUUUUGUUUUUCCGGUUGUCGUCCAGUUCUUCUUCCCCCCCUUUCCUCCUUUUCUUUCUACCUCGUGUCUGUUGUAAAAAAUGAUUU